GUCGCAGGUUGAUGAUGUCACCGCGUUAGCUAGCAGCAGGCGCAGAGGCGGCUAAAAUGUCUGUAAGCGUUGCUCGUUUUCAGUCCAGUUCCACUCAAAAGUAAACGUUUGUCGCAGAAACCUGCCGUCCGUUUUCGCUCAUGAUGUCUUGGGUGAAAUCCGCGUCGCUUAAUAGUGAAGAUGUGUUCGACGAAAACGCAGACGAGCUUCAUUUACAGAGCAAAGAGUGGACCUCCAACAUGAAGAAACGCGUCAUGGACGGAUAUGUGGAUGGAGUUGAUGCCGGGGAGGAAGCCUCUCUUCAGGUCGGGUUUAACUUGGGGUUCAAGGAAGGAGCAGCCCAGACUGUAGCUGUGGGUCGACUGCGAGGAAUUCUGGGGGCGGUCUGGUGCUGGUGCCAGAUCCAGCAUCCAGAAAGACCAGUUCCCACCCCUGUGACCGACCUCCUGCAGCGGGUUACAGAACACGAAACCCAGAUCAUGGAGGACAUCAGGAAGGCUUUGGAAAAUCCCCCUCCGAGUGUGAGUGACGUUUCGGAAAGCAUGGACGCUCUCGAUGUGGAGCAGGAGGAUCCCUCCCUCUGCAGAGAUGGAGGAAGUGGACCGUGUUGUAACAAGAGAGAUGAAAAUAUGGAUGUGGACAACCCUCACCAAAACCAAAAGAUCCGCUCUGGGUCCACCAGCUGUUCCUCCAGCCCAGGUGAAGGUCUACACCUGCUCCUGCAGUGCUGUAUGGAUUUAGCAUCAGAGCUGGGACUGCCGCAGGAGCUGAUGGAUCACAUCCACGAGCUCGGGAACAUCGACCGCAUGAGCAGCAUGUUUUAAAUCUAUUUACAGACUAAAAGUCUUGCUGGAACAUUUUUCUUUCACAAACAGAAAUGUGUAUAAUUUAUGAAAGAUUACUUUUUCAUUUUAUGGUUUGUAAAUAAUGUUUUUGAUCAUAAAUAUCUGUUUUGAUCCAAAACAGAAGGUGUGUAAAAACAGCGGGGUAUUUAAGUUCUAAUGCUGAAAUUGCGACACGAGGUUUGGUUGUAACCUAUUGUUCUAAAAAUGGGGAAAGUUUUUAUUUUCACCUUUUCUUAAAAAUAAAUAUGUAAUUUACAUA